GGAAGCGAGCAGUCUCCCGCAGCUGGCGGGGAGAAUGGGAGUGCGGGGCGACAGACCGCCGCGGGGUGUCAGCGCGGCGGCGCAGCUUGCCAGGCGCGCGCCCGGCGCCCGCCGCUUUUAAACCCGCGAGGGCGCGGCGACGGCGGCGGCGGCGGCGGCGGCGGCGGCGGCGGAUCGCGGCGCGCGCGGGGCGCCGGGCGGCGGCCGAAUGGAGAGGAAGGGCUCGGCGGCCGCGGCCAAGGGGAACCCGAGCCCGUCGGCGGGCGGCGAGGCGCAGCGGCCGCCGCCUCCGCUGUGCGCCCCGGGCAGCGGCGCGGGGACCCCGGCGCGGGGCCAGGCUGGGGCGGCGGCCGAGCCCGCCGAGUUCAUCCGGCGCGCGCACGAGUUCAAGAGCCAAGGGGCGCAGUGCUACAAGGACAAGAAAUUCCGCGAAGCCAUCGGGAAAUACCACCGGGCGUUGCUGGAGCUCAAGGGGCUGCUGCUGGCGCCCGGGACGGAACGGGAGCAGGACUCGCGCUCGGCCUCCUCGGCCGGGGCCCCCAAGCCCAGCAGCCGGCUCUCGGAGGAGCAGAGCAAGACGGUGGAAGCCAUCGAGAUCGACUGCUACAACAGCCUGGCAGCCUGCCUGCUCCAAGCUGAGCUCGUAAACUAUGAGCGAGUCAAAGAGUAUUGCCUCAAAGUCCUGAAGAAGGAAGGGGAAAACUUCAAGGCCCUCUACCGGUCUGGUGUGGCCUUCUACCACCUUGGGGACUAUGACAAAGCACUCUAUUACCUGAAAGAAGCCAGGACCCGACAGCCCACAGAUACCAAUGUGAUUCGGUAUAUCCAGCUGACAGAGAUGAAGCUCAGCAGAUGCUCCCAGAGAGAGAAAGAAGCCAUGUAACACCAACACCUCUCUCAAGCACCACCCACGCCUGCCCCGGGACAUCCGUCCAUCCGUGCACCCCUGGUGGAGAGUCGCUCUCUGGGCUCUGUUCCUUUCACAACCCCCGACCCCUGUCUUCCCUCCUGUCCUAUUGCCCCUCGACUCUUUGUCUACUGCCAGUGUGAAAAGGAAAGAGGCACACUUGGAAUCUGCUGGAUGUUCCCAACCACGGAAGCAUCCUCUGUAGGUCAGCCCCCAGAGGGACCACCCUCCUGCAGGGACAGCUGGGCAGGACCCUCCCAGGCUCGGAACGUGGUCUAGGCUUUGACUUUGGCCUGUGCUCCCAACAAAGGCAGACCUGGUAGGGACCCCACAGAGAGGCAGCAGGCCCCAGAGCCCCCAGGAUGGACCCCCGUGUCCUAACAGAGCAGAGCACCUAGAAGCAACUGUGAGAAGGCAACCCAGGGAUACAGCUGACACCAGAAGCGUUGGUGAAGCAUGACUCGGUACACUGGAUGCUCCCAGUCCCCGUAUCCUCGACCCUGGCCUCCUCUCACUCGUUGGCUUAUGCUUUCUUCUCUCCCUGGCAGGGUUCUGAGACCCUGCCAGGACUCACAUGCCACUGAAGCACACUCUCCGUGCCCUCUGGUGACCACACAUACCACCCAGCAGGCAGCUGUGACCACAGAAGGACAGGGAGAGAGGCUAUCUCGGGGUCAUUGUGUAGAUGGGCAGGUGGAAUGGUGGACUUCACGCAGUGUAAAUAAAAAGAUCGACAGGCAGCAACUCUGUUUGUUUCUGUUGGAAGCAGCCCACCCCCUCACUUUCAUUCCUGUCCCCCACCCUCACUCAGAGCCACUUACAGCCAGGCAGGAUGGGCUCUCCCCCAAAGCAGUGGCCAUUUAUCCAGUGAAAUACAAUGUUGGCUGCUGUCUUUGUGCUUGUUGAGUAGGCUGGGAUUGUGGAGACUGCCCAGGGACUCGGCGUUGUGGGAACUUGUACCCAUGGAAUGUGUUCCACACGUAUUUGUUGAAUGAAUAAAUUAUGACUGCAGACUGGCUCUCCUGCCUUAAACUAAUUUUAUCCCAGCCUAGUCUCCUGAUAACUACACUCUUUAUGCUAUGCCACAUUGUUUCUGUCAAAUAAGAACCAUUUGCUGAGGGCUCAUUUUUUUGCCUUGUCUUGUGCAAUAGAUGGUGUGUGGGAUACGGAUGUAGUCCUGGUCUAUGAAGCGACAGAAGGGUCGAGGAAGACUCGUAUGAGGUUAUUACCAAUGACACCUUUAAUUUAUACAAUGCUUUAAACUUUUCAAGGCACUUUUAUGUAUUUUUGUGUGUGAUUAGUGAAAGAGACAAUAUUGUACAAAUUAUAUACGGAUGCAAUAAUGUUCAUAGUUAGCAUUUAUUAAAUGCACUAUACUCUGA